AAUAUCUUCUACCGGGAAGCUGGUCCAGCCGAUGCUCCCACAAUCCUGCUGCUCCAUGGAUUUCCUACUUCUUCCUUCAUGUUUCGACAUCUAAUCCCAAUACUUGCGGCGACCUACCAUGUGAUUGCCUUAGAUUACCCGGGUUUUGGAUUCACCACUGUCCCCUCCAAAUUUCCCCAUACGUUUGACAACAUUGCUGCUGUUACCGAGAAAUUCUUGGAAGCUCUCCAUAUUUCGAAGUACGCUCUUUAUAUAUUCGACUAUGGUGCUCCAGUUGGCCUGAAGCUUGCUGUACGAAACCCCCAUGCAGUAACAGCGAUUAUUUCGCAAAACGGCAAUGCGUACGACGAGGGAUUAGGGCCAUUUUGGGAUCCCGUGAAAACAUAUUGGGCCACAGGAAGCGAAGCUGACCGCAACGCUUUAAAUGGUGUCCUCUCAUUCAACACUACACAGGGGCAAUACACAGGUGGAACCAAAAACGUUGCUGCUCUUGAGCCUGAAUCUUGGUGGCUCGACUGGACACUCAUGGCAAACAGACCAGGCAACGAUGAUUACCAACUCGACCUCUUUUACGACUAUAGAAACAAUGUAAAGCAGUAUCCAGAGUUUCAAGAAUAUUUCCGCAAGUCUCAAGUGCCGCUACUUGCUCUCUGGGGCGAGAAAGAUCCAAUCUUUAUUCCUCCUGGAGCUAAUGCAUUCAAGCGAGAUCUACCCAAGGCCGAGAUCCAUCUGCUUGACGCCGGACACUUUACCUUGAUCAGCAAUCUUGAUCAGGUGGUUGGAUAUAUGCUCCCCUUCCUUGCAAAACAU